AUGAUACCUGAGAUAUCUGAGGAAGUAAAUAUGCCCAAUAUGGAGAUUGUGCCUUCUGUGGAUCUUACGGAAGCUUUCACCACUAGCCAAGCUUUUGAAUCCCACAAAGCUCUUGUUAAUUGGGCCAAAGCUGUAGGUAAAGAGCAUGGCUAUGUUAUUAUUAUUCAGAAGUCGGACUAUGGAUCUGACAAAAGGAGGGUCGUGAUGACACUAGGGUGUGAGCGUGGCGGGAAAUAUAAACCAUCCACAUCGGUGUUAAAGCGAAAGUGGACUGGAACUAAAAAGUGUAAUUGUCCAUUCAAGCUACGGGCAAGGCGUAGUGAUAAAGAUAAAAUGUGGACGGUGCUUGUGCAUAGUGGGAUCCAUAAUCAUGACACUGCUGAGGUUUUGCAGGGUCACUCAUAUGUUGGCCGUCUAAAUCUAGAGGAAAAGGCGAUGGUGGGAAAAAUGAAUGAAGAAAGGGUCAAGGCCAGUGAUAUUUUGAUUGCUAUAAGGAAACACAACCCAACCAACUUGACUUGA